AUGAGCAACCGAAAACUGGCGAAGUUUCUCAUCGUCUUGGACAAUGAGAGUCUGCUUUAUUUCCCGGGAUCGUUCCUCACCGGGCAGGUGAUCGUUGAACUGGAUGACGAUACUCCGGUGCAAGGAUUGUAUUUCCACAUCGUUGGUGAAGGCAUCGUGAAGAUGGCCGGCAACGCAAAUCAGCAGGACAAAGAAAACUAUAUCGACUUUAGAAUGCGGCUCCUCGGAGAGAACUCGAAGCAACCAGUCACAUUGUCGCCGGGAGUCCAUUCGUUCCCAUUCAAAUUAGGCCUCCCUCUAGGAAUGCCCUCAACCUUCCUCGGCAAACACGGUUGGGUGCAGUAUUUCUGUAAAGCAGCCCUGAAGGAACCCAGCGGACUUACGCAUAAAAACCAGCAAGUUUUCAUCGUCAUGAGUCCGAUAGAUCUGAACCUCGAGCCAACGAUAUUGACGCAACCUUUCAACUGUGAAGUUCAGGAAAAAAUAGGCCAGGGCUGCUUCUCGUCAGGCAGUAUCAGCUGUCGAGUGCGUCUCGAUAAGGGAGGCUACGUGCCCGGGGAAAGCAUCGGACUCAAGGCGACCAUCAACAACCAAAGUCGAGUCGCGGUCAAAAAAACUAAAGCCAUCCUCACCGAAACGAUCCAGUACACCGCCAAAAACAAAGUGGUGGCGACGGAAAUGAGAGAACUCGCAACCAUUGAGAAGGGAAAGAUCGAGCCGCGCCAGCAGUCAGCUUGGGAGAACGAAUUGCUUUACAUUCCGCCUCUACCACCGACGAAUUUGCGGGGCUGUCACCUCAUACGCAUACAAUAUGACGUUUUCUUCGUCAUCAUCCUGAAGGGCCUCCAAAAGGACAUCCGACUGCAGCUGCCAAUCCUCAUGGCUACGUAUCCUAUGAGGAACGCGGACGGCACGUUGAAAAGGGGUCGGAACCCCGCGCACUUCCCCUCGGUGCUGCCGAUUUUCAGACCAACGAACGAAGUCAAAUACUAA